CAUCAACAGUUCAUUCUCAUAGCACCAUGGCUCCCAAGGUUGUUUUGUUGGCCGCCCUUGUGGCUGCAGCCCUCGCCAGGCCUGGUCCACAGUACAACCCCCCCACUCCCGAAUACAGCGCCCCUGCUCACCCUAGACCUUCCUACUCUGCUGCUCCCGCUUAUCCUGACACUCCUCCCCAAUACAACUCCCAGUACGCCGUCAGAGACGACUACUCCGGCAACGACUACGGCCAUGAAGAAUCCCGUGACGGCUACAGCACCCAGGGUACCUACUCCGUGCUGCUUCCCGACGGUCGUGUGCAGAGGGUAACUUACUACGUCGACGGGGACUCCGGCUACGUGGCUGAGGUGACAUACGAGGGUGAGGCCCAGUACCCAUCCUACCAGCCUGCCCCAGCACCCUCUUACAGGCCCGCUCCUGCGCCCUCCUACACGCCAGCACCCAGCUAUGCCUAAGUUGAAUUCAAGAUCUACAAUGCAUUGCUUAUUGACCAUUGUAUUUACAAACCAUCGAGAAUGUAGUGAAGAUCAGUAUUUAUUGAACAACCAUUAAUAAACGUUAUACACUAUUAA